UGGCUCAGUAAGUGCAAGGCCUUAUCAUUAUUGUUUGGUGCCCCAUUGCAUUAAACUUUUUAGCAUAGAGUUUGGAGUGCGAUAUGGAAUGAGAAUUCAGGAUGAGUUUUUUCAUUUCUUUUGGAAGCAUGUUGAAAUUCAAAGUGGUUAGAGCCUUGUGUGGAUUUUGUUAUCAGUGAGGGUGAUGUUUAGAGGAAUUAUUAGAUGCUAACCCACAAAUAAUCUAUGCUUGCUUCCCCCCUCUCUCUCCGUGGGUUCUUCUUCACAUGCCCCAAAUCCUAUUCUUUCCCGAGGAAAUGUAUGCAUCAAUUUUGCCCAAACCCUAUUCCAAAGAACUGUAAGCUACUAAGCGGAGCAGUGAGUUUAGCUGCAUUCAACAACACUGCAGUGAGCUAUGUGAAUGGCUAUAAUGAACUUCCUGAGAGGAAAGGUGAAGAAGCGGGUUCGGAGGGAUUCGACUUCUUGCAUCUCAUGGAAGAACGUGGCCUUCGUGCAAAUUCACAGACCUUUCUGUGGUUGUUAGAAGGAUGUAUUAAUUAUGGAUCAUUUUCUGAUGGUUUGAAGCUUCACGGGAAAAUUCUAAAGAUGGGUUUUUAUUCAGAGCAGGUGUUGUGUGAUCGGCUGAUCGAUUUGUAUCUCAAAUUUGGUGAUUUGAAAGGUGCAGUCAAGGUUUUUGAAGAUAUGCGUGUUAGACCUCUGUCUUGUUGGAAUAAGAUUAUUCAUAGAUUUGUUGUGGAGAAAUUUAAUUGUCACGUUCUAAGUUUGUUUCAGCAAAUGAUGAAGGAAGAGGUGAAGCCUGACGAGAAGACUUUUGCAGGGGUUUUGAGGGCAUGUAGUGCUGAUGUUCCUUUCUAUUAUGUGGAGCAAAUACAUGCCAGGACCAUAACUCAUGGUUAUGAAACCAGUCCAUGGAUAUGUAACCCUCUGAUUGAUUUAUAUUUUAAGAACAACUUUGUAAAUUCUGCUAGGAAGGUUUUUGAUGAUAUACAGAAGAAGGAUAGUGUUUCUUGGGUUGCUAUGAUCUCUGGUUUAUCGCAAUGUGGCUAUGAACAAGAAGCCAUUCGUCUUUUUUGCCAGAUGCAUACAUCAGGAUUCUGCCUUACCCCGUAUAUAUUUUCGAGUGUUCUAAGUGCCUGUACAAAAAUAGGAUUUUUUUAUUUUGGAGAGCAGCUCCAUAGCCUUGCUCUGAAGCAGGGAUUCUCGAAGGAAAUAUAUGUCUGCAAUGCCCUUGUGACGUUGUAUUCUCGAUUGGGGAAUUUGAUAUCUGCGGAACAGAUUUUCAAUACAAUGUUAGAGAGGGAUGGAGUUUCAUAUAAUUCACUCAUCUCAGGUCUAGCUCAACAAGGAUAUGGUGACAGGGCUUUAAAGUUGUUUAAGAAAAUGCAUCUCGAUAGCCUCAAGCCAGACUGUGUCACAGUUGCAAGUCUUUUGAGUGCCUGUGCAUCAGUCAGAGAUAUUCUGAAAGGAAGACAACUCCACUCAUAUGUAAUAAAGGCAGGAAUGUCGUCAGACAUAAUCCUGGAAGGUUCACUUCUUGAUCUUUAUGUUAAAUGCUCGGAUAUAGAAACUGCCCAUGAUUUUUUCCUGACAACAGAAUCAGAAAAUGUGGUGCUGUGGAAUAUGAUGCUCGUGGCUUAUGGUCAGUUAGACAAUCUAACUGAUUCAGCUCAAAUAUUUACACAGAUGCAGAUGGAAGGCAUUGUACCUAAUCAGUUUACAUAUCCAAGUAUUUUGAGGACUUGCACCUCGUUGGGAGCCCUUGAUCUAGGAGAACAGAUUCAUACUCAAGUGCUUAAAACUGGCUUUCAGUUCAAUGUAUAUGUUUCAAGCGUCCUUAUUGACAUGUAUGCUAAACAUGGAGAACUAGUUACUGCCUUGAAAAUCCUUAGGAGAAUAAAAGAGAAAGAUGUUGUUUCAUGGACAGCCAUGAUUGCUGGUUAUGCACAGCAUGGUAUGUUUACUGAAGCUCUUAACCUCUUUGAAGAAAUGCAAGAUCAAGGGAUUCAAUCUGAUAAUAUAGGAUUUGCAAGUGCAAUUAGUGCAUGUGCAGGUAUCCAAGCACUUGAUCAAGGACGGCAGAUUCAUGCACAAUCAUGUGUCUCUGGUUAUUCUGAUGAUCUUUCAAUUGGUAAUGCACUUGUUAGUCUUUAUGCUAGGUGUGGGAAAGUACGAGAAGCAUAUAUUGCUUUCGAUAAAAUAUUUGCCAAAGACAAUAUAUCAUGGAACUCAUUGGUGUCAGGUUUUUCACGAAGUGGAUAUUUCGAAGAAGCACUGAAACUAUUUGCUCAGAUGAAUAAAGCUGGACAGGAAAUCAAUUCAUUCACAUUUGGCUCUGCAGUUAGUGCUGCUGCCAAUGUUACUAAUGUUAAACUAGGGAAGCAGAUUCAUGCCAUGAUUAAAAAAACUGGUUAUGAUUCAGAAAGCGAGGUUUCUAAUGUUUUAAUCACGUUAUAUUCAAAAUGUGGUAGCAUUGAUGAUGCUAAGAGGCAGUUCUUUGAAAUGAAUGAAAAGAAUGAGGUUUCUUGGAAUGCUAUAAUUACAGCUUAUUCUCAACAUGGCAAAGGAUUUGAAGCUCUAAGCCUUUUUGAGGAUAUGAAACAGCUUGGUGUAUUGCCAAAUCAUGUUACCUUCGUUGGAGUUUUAUCUGCAUGUAGCCAUGUGGGUUUGGUGGAUGAGGGAAUUAGCUACUUCAAAUCCAUGAGUGAAGUACACAAUUUAAUUCCAAAGCCUGAACAUUAUGCAUGUAUCGUGGAUCUUCUUGGGCGGUCUGGUCUUUUAAGUCGUGCAAGGAGAUUUAUAGAGGAGAUGCCAAUUCAACCAGAUGCAAUGAUCUGGAGGACCCUUCUAAGUGCAUGUAUUGUUCAUAAGAAUAUUGAUAUUGGAGAGUUUGCUGCAAGACAUCUUCUAGAACUGGAACCCAAAGAUUCAGCAACAUACGUUCUGCUUUCAAAUAUGUACGCGGUGACUGGAAAAUGGGGUUGUAGAGAUCGGACAAGGCGAAUUAUGAAAGAUAGGGGUGUCAAGAAGGAGCCUGGUCGAAGUUGGAUAGAGGUUAACAAUUCAGUUCAUGCAUUUUUUGUUGGUGAUCAGAAACACCCUCGUGCGGAUAUGAUAUACGAGUAUCUCAGAGAUCUGAAUGAACAGGCGGCUCAAAUCGGUUAUGUGCCGCAACACAAUAACCUUUUGAGUGAGGCAGAGCGAGGUGAAAGGGAUCCAACGCAAAUUAUUCACAGUGAAAAACUGGCUAUUGCUUUUGGAUUGCUUAGUUUGUCUAGCUCCACUCCCAUCCGGGUUUUCAAAAACCUACGUGUUUGUGGCGAUUGCCACAGCUGGAUUAAGUAUGUUUCCCUGACAGCAAAUCGUGCUAUCAUUGUUAGAGAUGCUUAUCGCUUUCAUCAUUUUGAAGGUGGUGUUUGUUCGUGUAAAGAUUAUUGGUAAGGAAGAUGGUCAACGAAAUGAACAUUCUGGAUUUUUGUUAUGCAAACUGUUUAUGAAAAGAUUCACAUAAUAAUCUUAGCAUUUCUCCCAAAUCUGUGGUAGUUAACAGGGUAUCCUAUGAGAUGUGUAUGAUCCAAGGCUGUAGGGUGUGAAGGGAAAAGGAUCAUGGAACUAUGGAAACCUAAAAUUAAAUUGCUCCUUAGCGAUUGUAACAGUACACACAGAUGGAUAGUGAUGGAAUAUAAGUAGAGCAAGCUUCAUGCCUUUGUUCAUAUAAAUCAUCUUGUACAAAUUUGUUUGAAGCCAAAUGUGAAUUUC